AUGAAGGUGACUCACGGCUCCGGUCGUCUUUGCCUCCGCAAGCUUUCAAGGCGCUUCGACGGCCUUCUGUCCGUUGCAAUCACUCCGUUAGGCGUAUCAAGUGCUCGUACCUUCCAUCUCUCACAUUCAUUACUCAUUGCCGUCCAAGUGCAACAAGUCCAAGACACAGAAGCAACCUCUUUCGCGCCUGCUCGACCUCUUUCAGCGACGUGCAUAACCCCAUCCCACUCGCCUCUAGUCUCCACGCAAGGCAGCGUCCCCCAUCUCAGCAACCAUGAAUUCCUCCCGCUCGACGCCGACAUCUCGUCCACUCUCGCCAAUCUCAAGACUCAGGUCCACGACGGCACCGGCUUUCCCAUUACCUCGAUCCAGUUCUUUCUCAACGGAGCUCCCGUAGUUGGCGACGACAAGACCCUCGACCAGGCAGGAAUCAAGAAUGGAGAGAUGCUCUACAUGUUAGUCCGCGAACAGAACAACAUGCCCCGUCAGCAGACCCGCCCACAGCAACCCCAGCCACCACAACAAGGCCGUUUCAGCAAUGACCAGAUCGAAACCCUGCGUCUGCAGCUAUUGGGCAANCCCCAGGCCAUGCAACAGGUCAGCCAGGAAAGACCCGAGCUCGCCGCUGCCGCCUCAGACCCUGUCCGUUUCCGCGAACUAUACGUCAGCUCUGUCCAACAGGCCGAGGCUAGAGAGCGUGAGAGACGUGAACAGAUGCAAUUGCUCAACGAUGACCCCUUCAACAUCGAGGCUCAGCAGAAGAUUGAAGAGAUCAUCCGUCAAGAUCGUGUCAUGGAGAACUUAGAGUAUGCUUAUGAACACAACCCCGAAGGUAUCUUGGUCUCCUCUCUUACUAAAAGCUCACUCUUACUAACUUCGCCCNNAGUCUUUGGUCGCGUGACGAUGCUGUACAUCAACUGCGAAGUCAAUGGCCACAAGCUCAAGGCCUUUGUGGAUUCGGGUGCUCAGACUACCAUCAUGUCUCCUAGCUGCGCCGAAAACUGCGGUAUCAUGCGCUUGAUUGACAAGCGUUAUUCUGGUAUUGCCCGUGGUGUCGGUACCGCUCAGAUUCUUGGUCGCGUACACUCGGCCGAUAUCAAGAUUGGCAAGGCUGUUAUGCCAUGUUCCUUCACAGUCAUGGAAGGCAAGGAUGUUGAUCUUCUGCUUGGUCUGGACAUGCUCAAGCGCUACCAGGGAUGUAUAGACCUUCGUCGCAACAAGCUGGUUUUCGAGGACAACGAAGUCGAUUUCCUGCCCGAGUCUGAGAUCCCUAGAUCCUUCGAAGAAGCUUUGCAGAACGAGGAGCACAUCAAGGGCCCUAAUGGUACCGAGAUUGGCACCAAGACUGGAACUGUUACUCAAGCUGGUUCUUCAUCGCAACAACCUAACGGCAACUUCCAGGGUCAAGGUCGUUCUCUUGGAGAGCCAUCUACGAGCGGACCUGCAGUGCAUCCUACACCUGCAGCUUCCGCUCCCGCUAGGGCUGCACCUCCACAAGCUGCCCCAGGCAGCAAGCACCCGGAAGCAGCUAUUGAGCAGUUGAUCGGUCUUGGUUUCUCUAGACAAGAAGCUAUUGCCGCUCUGGAUGCUACUGAUGGCAACGUCGAAUAUGCCGCAGGUCUGCUUUUCCAAGGUUAG